AUGGAGGGUUGGGUCUGCACUGAUCAAAAUGCAGAGAGCAAGGUGGAGAAGGAAGAGGAUGAGAAGGCAGAUAGAGGGAAGGAAGCAGAGGGAGGGAAGGAGAAGAGGAAGGGGAAGGAGAAGGGGAAGGAGAAGGGGAAGGAGAAGGGGAAGGCGAAGGAGGGGAGGGAGAAGCUGAGGCUGGUGGGGAUGGACUGUGAGAUGUGUGAGACGUGGGAUGAUGAAGAAUCCAUGGAGCUCACACGGGUCUCUGUGGUGGACGACAAGGGCAAGACGUGGGACGAUGAAGAGCCCAUGAAGCUGACACGCGUCUCUGUGGUGGACGGCGACAAGGGCAAGGUGCUGUUGGAUCGGCUGGUGAAGCCACAGAGGGAAGUGAAGUCGUAUGUGACUGAGAUCACCGGCCUAAAGGAGGAGAAUUUCAAGACGGUCCAAUACACGUGGGAGGACGCACAGUCACUGGAUGAGAUCACCGGGCUGAAGGACGAGGAUUUCAAGAAGGUCAGGGACACAUUGGAGGACGCACAGCGUGACGUGGCGGCACUGCUGACACCCAACACAGUGCUGGUGGGGCACCACGUGUCCUGUGCUGAAGAUAGACCAUCCAUUGGUCAUCGACACAUCGCUGCUCUUCCGCUACUCAUCAAAGGACUCCAAUAUGUCUACCGUUCAGCUACCCCUGGCUCUCGUUGCUCUGUUCCUCCCCAGCCGUCUCUCUUCCGCUACUCAUCAAUGGACUCCAACAUGUCCACCGUUCAGCUACCCCUGGCUCUCGUUGCUCUGGUGAGUCGUGCGCGCAUAACAUUGCAUUGGCACUGCAUGGGAUUGGGUAGUCAGUUCCUCCCCCAGCCGUCUCUCUUCCGCUACUCAUCAAUGGACUCCAACAUGUCCACCGUUCAGCUACCCCUGGCUCUCGUUGCUCUGGUGAGUCGUGCGCGCAUAACAUUGCAUUGGCACUGCAUGGGAUUGGGUAGUCAGUUCCUCCCCCAGCCGUCUCUCUUCCGCUACUCAUCAAUGGACUCCAACAUGUCCACCGUUCAGCUACCCCUGGCUCUCGUUGCUCUGGUGAGUCGUGCGCGCAUAACAUUGCAUUGGCACUGCAUGGGAUUGGGUAGUCAGUUCCUCCCCCAGCCGUCUCUCUUCCGCUACUCUUCAAUGGAUUCCAACAUGUCUACCGUUCAGCUACCCCUGGCCCUCGUUGCUCUGGUGAGUCGUGCGCGCAUAACAUUGCAUUGCCACUGCAUGGGAUUGGGUAGUCAUUUCCUCCCCCAGCCGUCUCUCUUCCGCUACUCAUCAAUGGAUUCCAACAUGUCUACUGUUCAGCUACCCUGGCUCUCGUUGCUCUGGCAGGGCAGCACAUCCCAGCACGGCAGUGUGGAGGGCUCGUUUAAGUGCCUCAACAACAUACCAACCUUCUCUCUCCCCUUCGUCCCACCCUUCCUCCCCCGUCCCCCCCUUAAGAGAAGAUGCGGCAGGGCGACACGUCCCACCACGACAGUGUGGAGGACUCACUGGGUUCCCGUCCGACUGGUUCAGACGGCUGUUGCCUCUGACGCUCUCCUCCCCACGCCCAUCCAGCCGCUCUCCGCCAUUGUAAGUCCCACCCACCUGUGUCAAUCACACCACGACAGUGUGGAAGACUCCUUGAUUCCCGUUCGGCUGGUCCAGACGGCCGUCGGCACUUCUGCACUGCUCCCCACGCCCAUCCAGCCGCUCUCCGCCAUUGUCAAGUCCCAACCACCACCUCACACUCUAUCAAUGCAUAUCGAACAUAAGCCUGAGAGAGGCCCAACCGCUGUGCUAUCCGAUUUCCCACCCGGGCACGGCUGUGCUAUCGAUCGAGUCCUAUCAGCCUUCCAAGUUGGAAACUAUCUGAUGAGGGAACUGACCGUUGACAGCCUGCCACGUGGCACUACUCCAGAGAUGAUCCUUGCCUUGCUGGCGCAUUACGAGAGGAGGAGGAUGGAAGCGAAGAGAGGGGAGGAGGAAGAGAAGGGGACAAGCGAGGGGCAGGAGGGGCCGGAGGAGGGGGAAGGGAAGGGAAAGAAGGGGAAGAAAGGGAAGAUGGUCAAGAAGGGGAAAAAGGGGGAGAGAGAGGGGGAGGGGAAGAAAAAAGGGGACGAGGAAGGGGAGAAAGAAAAGGAGAAUGAGGAGGAGGAUGAGACAAGAAUCUGGGUUCCGGGGCAGCAGAAGGAUGAGGAUGACAUGAUGCCAUGGGUUACGGUAGCUCUGCUCCUUCCCUUUUUGACUCUUCCCCUUGUGCAAACUCACGCUUUUUCUUCACCUACCACUCCUCUCCCCGACUGCUCUUCCCUCUCUCUUUUCUACCCCAGAAAUCCUGACCCAACCACAGGGAAACCUCGACCCAGCGGCAGAGGUGAUGGUUGCUUCGCUCGUGUGCACUACCCCUUCCCUUCGUCCGCUCUCGCUCUCUUCCACUCUCUUCCAGGGGAGAUUGAAGCGGACCCCUGGGGGCGGUGGAAAAAGAAGAUUCCAGUACCAGAGCACCUGCAGAAGCACAUCUAUUAUAUCGAAUACCCCAGAGGCGCAGGUGGUAACAGCGGUAUCCCUGUCUACCGGCCUGCGACAGAGGUGGUGGUGGCGUGUGGCGGCGAUGGUAACCGCAUGAUCCACGGGGUUGGGGCGAAGAUGCUCAGAGCCAUGGGGGAUCAACUGACACUUGUGUGUGAGGAUGCUGAUGAUGUAUGGGAUGUGCUAGUAGGGAGGGAAGAGAAGGAUGGGGAGGAGGAGGAGGAGGAGGAGGAGGAGGAGGAGGUGAAGCAGCUGGAGGCAGGGCAGGAGGAGAGGCAGUUGGAGCAGACGCGGGUGAGAGAUGAGAUUAUGGCGAAGGCGAGAGCGGACAUGAAGGCCAAGUGGAAGCAGAUGCUUGCUAUGGAUGAGACCGACGAGUGCUUAGUUGAGAGUCUUUUAAGAAGCAGUUAUUAUGAUGCGGUGGCUGCAGUGGAGAGGGCGAGAGGGGAGGGUGGGGGAGGGAAGGAAGGGGAGGUGGAGGUGCAGGUUGGAGAGGAGGGGAUGGAGCGGGCGAUUAGAGAGCUGAUCUUGCGGCUGCAGAGGAAACAGGAGCUUCUGCAACAGCAGCAGCAGCAGCAGCAGCAGCGGCGGCAGCAGCAGGGAAAGUUGGCUCAAGGGCAGGUUGAUGGAAGGAUGCGUGAUGGUGCUGAUUUGGGGGAGUUGAGAAGGAGGCUAGCGCAUAGGGAGAUGGAGGUUGAGGUUUUGCAGAGGAUGGUUAUGUUCCUGGGGCAUAGACUGUGGGGAGAGGAGGGGGAGGAGGAGGAGGGAGAGGAGGGAGAAGAUGAGAUGGAGUAUGAGUUAGAGGAGGAUUUUGAGAGAGAGGAGGGAGGAGUGGGGGUGGGGAAUGGGUUGGAGAUUGAGGGGGUGGGGGAGGAGAUGGAGGGGGUGGGGGAGGGGGGAGGAGGAGGAGGAGGAGGAGGAGGAGGAGGAGGAGGAGGAGGAGGAGGAGGAGGAGGAGGAGGAGGAGGAGGAGGAGGAGGAGGAGGAGGAGGAGGAGGAGGAGGAGAGAGGAGGAAGAGGAGGAAGAGGAGGAAGAGGAGGAAGAGGAGGAAGAGGAGAGAGAAGAGGAGGAGGAAGAGGAGGACGAAGAGGAGGAAGAAGAGGAAGACGAGGAGGGUGAGGAGCAGGAGGAAGGGGAGGAAGAGGAGGAAUAACAGGAAGAAGAAAGGAAGGAAAAAUAGGGAGGAAGAGGAGGAAGCGGAGUAG